UUACUUUUUCAGUUUCUUGCAUAAAGUAAAUAUAAAAGCUAAAAAAUGUCGAAUAAUCCGAACGAAAAACAACAGCAAACAAAUGCGACUCCGGUUGUCGUUGCACCACCUCCGGUACACCAAGAACCGGAACUGAAGUACGCCAAUGUUCUGUAUGGUUUGGGCAUCACAGAAGUUUUUCUUGCAAUACUUUCAUUCGCAAUGUGCAUUGCAACUUUGGCCAUUGCUGGGGUUAUGAAGACUUAUACUUAUACAUACUUUGUGAGCCUUGGACUUACGGAUACAGCUCAAGGAAUAUGGUGCGGAGCGUUCCUACUUGCAUCUGGCAUCCUUGGAAUCCGUGCAAAACAAAACCCGACACGAUGUAUCUAUAAUGCUAAUAUUGCCAUGGGGUGUGUGUCAGCUUUCUUCAUGUCGGUGUUAUUCGUCAUGUCUGUAUUGUCCGUAAUGUCUUGCCGUCCUGUGUCAGAUACUCUGGCAACCCUCAUUCUUCACGCUCUAUUAGGACUCCUUGCUUCAUUCUCCGGGAUUCUCAAUAUUAUACAUCUCGCCUUUGCAGCAGCGGGCCAGUGUUGCCAGAAAUCUCAAGUCAACGGGACCAUGGUUUACCAACAGCAACAAAUGGUACAGUUACCAAAUGGACAAUUUGUUCUUGCGAGCACUCAGAACUACCAACCAGCACCUGGGACAUACCAGGCCGCUCCAGCACAAGUUACUCCUCCCCCACAGGCAGGGGGCGCCGUCUAGUGGGAAAUCAAAAAGAAAACUUUUGAAACUAUUUUCGAGAAGGAAAAUUUUUUUUUUCAAAUAUAUUGACUUUUGUACGAAAAUACGGCCUUGUGCGAUCUCCGCCCUUGUGACUUCAAUCACAUAAUGAGUCCACCUUUUGUUUUAUCAUUACUAAUCUAUUCAUUAGGGGUGCCCAGUAAAAGUGCCUUCUUUUUUAUUGAAAUGUCACAUUUUUUGUAUGUUUGUACCCCUGUCCCCCCCCCCCCCCCCCGCUAAUUUUUCCCGAUCUUAAAAAUUACCUACUAAGGCAAACAGAGAACGGAGAGGCCGCACAUAGUUUCUCUGAGUCACAAGCAAAGACCUUAACAAGGUACGUAGGUACUAGUUAUUUGCCAUGAGUACAGUAAUCUGCACUCAGGAAGUGCACGUACCAAUGUGUUAUAUUAUGUAAAGAACCGAUACCCGGGGAAAUAGUAAAAUUACUAAACUAGGGAAAAGAAAAUAACUGCUUGCUAAUACUAAUGUCUUAUGCAUUAAACCUCACGCGUGAUAUGACGUAAAAUAAUCUUAUGGCUCAAUAAAAUAUAUGAGAUUAUUUGCCCCGGAACACAUAGCCUACUACAAUUGACCUAACCUAUUAUUUAGUUAGUAUAGUACCCCAUUUAUCUUGUGUUAUUACAAUUUUUGUAAAUUUCUAUUCUAACACAAUCCCUUGAUUAUGUAUACACAAAAUCUUGACUUACUAACAGUUACCUACUAGGAUGAGCAGUAAAUUUUUUAUGUAACUCCCCACUCCAAUUACUUUAUUUGGGGCUCCCGAAGUAUGCGAACCAAGAUGGCGGACACCGGAAUGUAAUAUGUGUACUAGGUUAAAGUUAGACCAUAAUUUUAGGUCUGAAUACUACGGGAGGCUCUUGGCUAGUCUUCGAAC